AUGGCUUCCGCUGCGAGCUUCCUGGCCACGGUCGUGGCGUGCGCACUCCUCCUGGCCAGCAACACCUGCCACGGGGCGCGCCACUUGGCCGACACGACCGCCGCGGCCGCGGCCCCUGCUGCUGCCGUCCCUGGCCUCCCCGCCGUGCCGACCUUGCCAACGGUGCAGCCACUGCCCGGCGUGCCACAGGUGGCGGCGCUGCCGCCCAUGCCGGCCGUGCCCGCGGUCACCGUGCCGCAGGUGACGCUGCCGCCCAUGCCGGCGGCUCCCAAGGUGACCGUGCCGCCGCAGGUGGCGCUGCCGCCAAUGCCCGCCGUCCCGUCCGUGCUGCCCAAGCUGACCCUGCCACCGAUACCCGCCGUCGUUCCGUCCGUCGUCCCCAAGGUGGCCUUGCCGCCGAUGCCGUCGGUCCCGGGCGUCAACGUGCCCACGGCGAUCGCGGCGCCGCCUCCGUCGGCGUAG